AACCCUCAGCCCUCCAUCUCCACUCGUUUUGGCCAUCAUUUUCUCCAUCUCGACCGGUCGGCCACACAAAGUUUGUGUAUUCUCAUUGGGGCAAUAAACGGGGCUGUUCAGGGUUUAAGAAUGUGCAUCAUUAUCAUGUAUUCCUCAUGGUGAUUGGUAUUUUAAAUUUUGCCAAAAAUAUGUUCGAGAGAGAAAAGUUUGUUGAGCAUAAUGUCAAUGCUGUUGCAGCGGGAAGGGUGCAUGGAGUUGACCCUAUUGAGCAGAUAACUAAAAGAUGCAUUCGAAUUGUUAAGAACAUAGAAACACAUCUUAGUGGAUGUGUGCUAUGUCGCAAAUCAGGUUUUGGUCCCCGCAUAAUUAUACUUUGUGAUCAGUGUGAGAAGGAAUUUCAUGUGGGCCGUUUAAAAGACCACAAAAUGGCAUUUCUUAAGGUCCAUGAGGAAAGUGGUUUUGUAGCAUAGUUUGUACAAGGAUACAUUCUGCUCUACAGAAGCUGCUAAUUCGUGGGCCAGAAAAGCUUCCAAAUUCACUUUUAGGUGCUGUCAAUAGAAAGUUGGAGAAAAUGGUUCAGACAUUCAAGUUGAUGUUGAUGUCAGUUGGAGGAUUAUUAGUGGCAAAAUUGCUUCACCUGAUCAAACUCAUUUGCUAUUGUCGGAGGCCAUUAUAUAUAUUUAUUUACCAAAAGUAUUUAUUUGUCCAAAGUUCCAGUACAUACUGUUAUCUAAACAGUUUCAUAUUUUCCAUAGUUAGACAAUUAUGGUCAGUAUUUGUUAUAAGGCAUUUAAUAAAU